AUGGCAUUAGAUAAAUCAUUCGUUGACAACAGUUCGUGGAAACCAGACCUUUUCAAAGGCAAGGUUGUGUUUGUAACUGGUGGAGCUGGUUCAAUCUGUCGUAUUCAAACUGAAGCAAUGGUCUUAUUAGGAGCGGAUGCUGCUAUAAUUGGUAGAAAUGUUCAAAAAACAGAAAAUGCCGCCAAAGAAAUUCAACAAUUAAGACCAGGAUCAAAAGUUAUUGGAUUAGGUAAUGUUGAUGUUCGUGAUGUUAACAGUAUUGCUAAAUCGGUUGAAAAAACUGUUGAAGAAUUAGGUAGAAUUGAUUUUGUUAUUGCUGGUGCUGCUGGGAAUUUUUUAUCUGAUUUUAAUCAUUUAUCUUCAAAUGCUUUCAAAUCCGUUGUUUCCAUUGAUUUAUUAGGUUCUUUCAAUACCGUUAAAGCUUGUUUUGAUCAAUUGCGUAAAAAUAAGGGGGCUAUUAUUUUUGUUAGUGCUACGUUACAUUAUUAUGGUGUUCCUUUCCAAAGUCAUGUUGGUGCAGCAAAAGCCGGGGUUGAUGCUUUAUCUAAUGCUUUAGCAGUUGAAUUGGGCCCAAUUGGUAUUAGAAGUAACUGUAUUGCUCCAGGUAUGAUUGAAGGUACUGAAGGUAUGUCCAGAUUAACUCCUCCUGGUGCUACUCCCUUUGAUAAAAAGGUUCCUUUACAAAGAUUGGGUUCCGGUAAAGAUAUUGCCGAAGCUACAGUUUAUUUAUUCUCUCCUGCUGCUGAUUAUGUCACCGGUACUAUUCAAGUUGUUGAUGGUGGGGUUUGGCAUAUUGGUAGUUUUAUGGGUGAUUUAUACCCCAAUAUCAUUAUUCAACAAAAUCUUGACGAAGUCUCGAAGUUAUAG